AUGGUCCGUGGACCUGUGCAGUUUGGGUGGAUGUACCCCAUUGAACGGCGCUUGUAUACAUUGAAAAGGUCAGUUAGGAACAAGGCACGCCCAGAAGGCUCAAUUGCAGAGGCUUAUGUGGCAAAUGAAGCCCUCACAUUUUGCUUGAGAUAUAUGGAUGAUGUAGAGACAAGGUUUAAUCGACUCCCAAGAAAUGUUGGAUUUUCAGAUCAAUCAGCCUAUACUGUUGAUGUUUUUGGGCAUGGUGUUAAUCUUAUUGGUGCAUUUGAUCUUUCAUACUCCGAGGAACUUGAUAAGUUGGCUUGGUAUGUUCUCCAUAAUUGUGAUCAGGCUGAGAAGUACAUAAAAAAGUUUAAAGAUGAAUUGACAGAAGUAGGGGUGCAGGCUGCAGACCUUGGAAGAAGGACAGAGCAUGGAUUUGCGAGUUGGUUCAGGAAUUAUAUGUGGAGGUUGAAUGCAUCAGAAGAGGUAGAUGAUGAUAUAUUUGCCCUAGCUUGUGGCCCUGACCUUAGAGUUAGAUCAUACUCCACAUGUGUUGUCAAUGGUGUGCGAGUUGAUGAGGCUGGCCUUCUUGUUGAUGCUGCUGAGGUUGCUCGACUUAGAAAGGAAAAUGAAUCAAAGACUACUAGUGAAGAUGAAGAGGGUGAUGAGGUAGAGGAUGACACACUGAUGGAGUACUUGAGUGAAGAAGAAGCUGUCCCUGUUGAGGUUGAUAGCGAUGAUGAGUAG